UCUAUGCACAUACUCUACAAACCCUGCCCUAUUUUUUUGGUUUCUAUCUUCCUCUUCCCAGGGGAUGCCAUCCCUAAAUAACCUUCUACUUAAUCGCAACCCCUUCAAAAGGCGACGCUCUAGUCCGACAACCCGCCCGACCCUCCCAAUACCUCUCACCUUACACCUACGUCGCCCACCAGUAUAGUAACCAUGGCUGAACAACCCUCGAUAAAGUGGUCGGUCACCCUCGACGCCAGGAAGGCAACCCGAGACCUUAACGGCGAUAAGAUCAUCCUCCCCCAGUCAGCUCUAGAGCAGUUGCUCUCGGCCGCAAGCUCUGCUCCCGUCCCUGCCCAGGCCUCGGCCUCCACUCCCCUACGACACUCGUAUCCGUCGACGUCUGCCCGCCCUCCCUACGCGUCCGAUAACCACAAUUCGCACCAACAGCUUCCCAGCCCUCUUAUGUUCCGCCUCGUGAACUCGGCGAGCGGCAACGCUGUUCAUGCUGGAAUCCGUGAGUUUUCGGCGCAAGAAGGCGAGGUGCUGCUCAGCCCGUAUCUCAUGGAGGCCCUGGGGAUCAAUUCGGACGGCAGCGACGGGGAUGGCAACAAUUCUGAUGCUGCCGAGGCAGCAGCUCGCAUCACCGUACAUGCGGAGCAUCUGCCCAAAGGCACGUAUGUCUGCUUGCGACCGCUCGAGGCUGGAUACAAUCCCGAUGAUUGGAAGUCUCUGCUGGAGAGGCAGCUCCGGGAGAACUUCACUACGCUCACGAACGGCGCUAUCUUGUCAGUGCAGGGGGCGAGGCGAGAGGUGUUUCGCCUUCUUAUCGAUGGAUUUCGGCCCGAAGGGAACGGCAUCUGCGUGGUUAACACCGACCUGGAGGUUGACAUUGAACCCUUGGACGAGGCACAGGCCAGGGAAACGCUGAGGCAGAUCACAGCCAAGCAGACGAGGGCGCCGGGGAGUGCCGGCGGCAGCUCUGUCGGGCAAGAACUGACUAUCUGGAAAGUGGUCGACGGGCAAGUCCUCCCCGGCGAUUAUGUAGAUUACGAAUUACCGUCGUGGGCUCGGUCGAGGGUGCUGGAAAUCGAGAUUAGCGAGCUGCGGGACGAGUAUGGUGUAGACCUCUUCAUGAGCCCGAAAUCCUCUCGGCAGAGGGUGCCGCCCCGCGAGUCGGAGCACGUCUUUGGUGCUUUCAGCUACGCCGAGGACGGCAGCAAGCGGAUAACCAUCCAGCCUAGCAACCCCGGGCUCGAGAAUGCCGAGAGCUUGCUGAUAUCCAUCCACGGGUAUCCCGGCUCGCCGGACGCUACCAACCCCCGCCCGUUUCGCCUUAGAGUUAGGAAUGCCAAGACGGUAGAGACGGCCGCGGCACCGAACCCCGCUGAUCCAGACGCCCAAGAGCGGUUACCGGAUGAAGAGCAGUGCAAGAAUUGUCUACAAUGGGUCCCCAAGCGCACCAUGAUGUUGCACGAGAACUUCUGUCUUCGGAACAACGUAGUGUGUCCCCAGUGUCAAUCGGUUUUCCAAAAGACAUCGGCCGAGUGGAAGGAGCAUUGGCACUGCCCUAACGACGACGCUCACGGCUCCUCGCCGGCCACGAAAGCGAAGCACGAUCGCCUCUUUCACGCCGAACAGCCGUGCCCGUCCUGUCCCUUCACCGCCAAGUCGAUGCCAGACCUCGCCCUCCAUCGCACCACCCUGUGUCCCGCCAAGAUCAUCCUGUGCCAGUUUUGCCAUCUGGAGGUAUGUCAAGAAGGCGACCCGUUCAACCCGUCCACGGAGACGCUGCACACGGGCCUCACGGAACAUGAGCUUAUCGACGGGGCGAGGACUACGGACUGCCACCUGUGCUCCAAGAUCGUCCGGCUCCGCGAGAUGUCGGCCCAUCUAAAAUAUCACGAGCUGGAGAAGGCGCAGCGACCGAAGCCGCCCGCGUGCCGGAAUGCUAAUUGCGGCCGUACUCUGUACGGCGUGGGCCGAAACGGGACGGUGAAUUCUAGCGCCCGUCAGGGUCAAGGCCUAGGAAAUGACAUCGGGUUGUGCUCGCUAUGCUUCUCGCCCUUAUACGUGAGCCUGUACGAUCCCGAGGGCAAGGCGCUGAAGCGGCGGAUCGAGCGGCGAUACCUGACGCAGCUCAUGCAGGGAUGUGGCAAGAGGUGGUGCGUCAACGAAUGGUGCAAGACGGGACGAGCGAAUCUCAAGCUCGAGGCCAAGCCGUCGACGGCGCAGCUUGCCUUACCCCAUAUCAAGCCCCUGAUGGAGUCGAUCCGAGACAAGCACGCAGCUUUCUACUUCUGUGUCGACGAGGUGAACCAGCGGAGGAGGAAGCUGGCGGAGGCGAUGGCGGCCGAGGAAGAUUGGGAUCUGGAGUGGUGCAUAGCAGCAUGUGAGGCGGAGGGCCCCGAUCUAGAUAUGGCGCGAGGCUGGUUGAUCAACUGGGCCCCUUCGAAGGAGUAGUAAAGAGCAACGAGACGAGUUACGGAUGGCGGAAUAGACGGCGUUAGUACAUAUUUCACACGAUGAUACCCAGAUGCGAGCAUGACCGGGAGUAAAGGGAAAUCAGACAGAUCUUUCUCGCCAAGGGGUGUGUAAAUUCUUCGUGCUGUCGGACAAUCUCUGCUAGGUAAUAAGUGUGACAUAUCAUGACCAGCGCCGCGACCCCCGGGGACAGCUAACGACAGCUAUGACCCCUGUCCAACCUUUCCAUCUCAACACGCCCUAACGCGCCCUCUCUAUCCGGCGGGAUCCCCGGCGGGGUGCCUGGCGAGGCUCUUGCGCCUAUCGCUGCAAGAGCAGGUGGCACAACCACAGGUAGCGGGCUCCAUUGUGUUGGCGUUUAAGGGGGGGGGAGGGUUGUUGGAUCGAUAGUAUUUGGUGUGUAGCUGGGG